AUGUCCUUCAGCGUACCCAGCGGUAAGCUGCUCAAGAAGAACUCCGUCUCCUUCAGUGAGCAGCUGGAGAGCGAGCUAGCGUCACUGAACGGAACCACGGCGCCCGUCGGCGAGGAAGAGGAGGAGGAAGAGGAGCAACGGCAGAAGGGCACGUCACGUGGGGACGAUGCCCAUACAGCACUGGCUACAACGAAGGACGGUGCACAGUACCUGUCGGUGCCGCGGACCGACGAACAGGACGACGGAAUUCAGCUCGUGAGCCGCCCGGCCGGUUCCAUCCUCUCAGGUGGUAAAGCAGGUGGCCAGAAGUACGGUGGACACCAUCACGGCUCAAACACCAUGCUGGAUCAGAUCCCGGAGGGGCUAGAGUCCCGCAGGAAUGGUGCAGGUCCCGAUCCAUAUCCUAGACGCUCUUCUGUGGUGUCUCCCGAUGGACCAGGUAAUGGACACGUCAAACCAUCACUGAUGUCCGCUAUCCGGCGAGGUUCAUUAGCCUGGCUACCGGGACGUCGACAUCAUGCCGCUGAGCUCGAGUCAAACAUGGGCAGCAAGGUGUCGUUGAGUCAACUACCUCCAUCACACGGACCGCUCAGUGAACAGGCACUCGAGUCUCGCCGCAAGAAUCGCCGGUUUGGAGAUGACGCACUCAGCACGGCCUUGUCGGCGUUGUAUGCGAAGAUUAUCGUCAUUCUGGGUAUCGCACUCCCGGUCACCGAGAUCCUGUCAUCCCAGAUACCUGCCAAUGUGUACCAGGGGUUCUACCUGUUCCUGUACACCGUCAGUAUUGCGUUCGUGAUCUUCGUGUACGCGUCUACGAUGCGACGUCGUGCCGUCUUGACGCUGAUCAAGAACUACCAUGAAAAGACGAGCUCAGGUCCGUCAGUGAAGAAGCGCAUCCCACACUUUGGCAGCUUCUACCUGCGCGUGGGUGCGAUCGCUUUCGGCAUUGGCACGAUGGUGUACUCCGGGCUGGAGUUUGGGCAGUACUUUGAGCUGAACGCCUCACCAGGCUGUUCGAGUAUCUUCAUCGCGUUGACACCGGCUGCUCGGAUGAUCCUUUCCCUCGUGCAGAUGCAGUUCAUCUUUCUUAACACCUCCGAUCUAGAUAUGGCCCGGCAUAAGGUGUUUGCGCGAUUCGGUCUCAUGCACAUGGUCGCCACCAACCUGUGUGAGUGGUUGUACGUGUUGGUUGAGGAGACAAAGCACGAAAUUCACCAUCUCGCACACGCAGCACAUCACACAAACGGUGCGAGUCUCGAGGUCCACGCAGUAGUUCCCACCACUACCACCACCACCACUAGUGUGACACCAACCACCGAAGGGUCCUCCGAAGAGCUGUUGGAAAGUGUCAACCACACACUGGUUCGCCGAGCCGUAGCAGCAGUAACAGGAGAAGGUGAUUCGGCGGAGUACGUCGAAUGUCAACGCACCAACAUCAUGGGUUCGCUGGUGCAGAAUGUGUCACCAUUCCUGUUCCCGUGUACGAUCGAGUACUCACUGAUCUGUGCCGUCAUCCUGUAUGAGAUGUGGAAGAAGGUGAAGACGAUCGCUGAGAUCGACCGGACGCGGCGUAGUUCGAUCAAGGUGCAGACAGGUGCAGGUCCAAAGAGUGCCCAUCACUUCUCGGUCGACUGCUCACGUGCUCACCGAGGCAUGUUCGGUGGUAUUCUGCUGACAGUGCUCACCAUCAUCUGCCUCAUCAUGUACUUCGUGCUGUAUGACGAGCCUGGAUACGAGUACUUCGCGAUUCAGGAGGUAACGAUCGCGGAGACAUUGAUGUACGCACUAACCGCGGUUGCUGUCGUCGUUGCGAUGCUUAAGAUGCGUGAUCUGAAGUACCAGCGGAAGAAGAAUGAUCACCAUGCUGGCUCGAUUAGCCUCGACUGUACACUGUUGGUGCUAGCUCAGACCGGGGUCUACGUGUACGGCAUGUUCAGCAUCGUCGGGAGCUACUUCUCCAUGCGGCAAGGUGUACGGGGAGCUCGCGAAGGUUUAGUUGCGGAGUUGUUCAGCCUCAUCCAGACCUCGAUCCAGACACUCUUCAUCCUCAACGCGGUAUGGCGCAAAUGCCGUGGGGCACGCCAGAACCGAACCAAACCAGGUCGUGAGAUCGUCACCUUCCUGCUCGUGGCCAACAUGGCGAUGUGGUUCAUCAACACACUCAUCAAGGGUCGUGCCAGCUUCCGGCCAUCCCACCUCACCUUCUUCGGCACCUGGGCCUGGACGGUCAUCACACACGUCUCGAUGCCACUCGCCAUCUUUUACCGAUUCCACUCAACCAUCUGCCUGUUCGAGGUGUGGAAGUCCACCUACAAGGUGAAGAUCACCGACCACCACUAGCGGUCGGUUGGUCGGUGUUAUCUUUUACGUUUACUUACUUAUUGUCGGACGCACGCGCACACGUUUUGUAGAUAUUGAUUUCGCCAGCUGCAGGGGUUGAUUUCCAACGCACUGCCUCCUA